AUGGAUGCUUCUGUUAACGGAAACCAGAACAGUGCAAAUGCAAAUAAUAAUAAAAACUGUAUCAGUUCUUCUAAUAAGAUCGCAAAAUUGAAAAUGGAAGAUGGAGAAGCGAAUACGGGUUUUAAACGUGUACGUCAUCCUCGUGAAUCAGCUGAAGUUGCUAAAAAACGUUUGAAAUUAGAUUCAAAGAAUUCUUUCGAUCGGGUUGCUUCAGAAGCGUCAAAAAAUGGUUCUGAGCUAAAUGAACAAAGAGAAAAUUCAUGUGAACGUAAUGAGUGUGGUAGUUUGAAGUGUGCUCUGGAGAUUUCGUCAGUAUGUUAUGGACAGGAAAACAGUAGUAGAAAACAAUUGAAGGAUAUGAAUUACAAUGGAAAAAUUUUUCAUCACAUUUCAAAGGGUGAACAUGUUUGCUAUGCUUGCCACGACGAAAUAUGGAAACCGUUAGUUUUAUUUCACAGUGGUCGAUCGGAAAAUGAUCGUUUCAAUGAAUGGAAAGGAAAAUGGGCUUCAGAAAGUCGCUGCACUCCUUGUGUAAGGCUUUAUAUUCAGGAUCAGUUGCUUCCAUUCUGGCUGCAAUGCAAACUGUGUAAAAAGUUCAGGCGCUUGCCAAAAACUGUUCAUACCAUUAACUAUGAAAGUGUCAAGGAAUUCGUUUGCUCUCAAGAUGUUGAAGGUGAUCAAGAUAGUGUAAUUGAUGCAUGCAGCAUCAAAGAGGAAAAAUCAGUUCAACAAGCUUUGGAAACGACAUGGAUAAAGUCUGUAAGCGUCCCACCAUUGUUACAUAACUCACCUGCUAUCCCAUUUUUGCAGCAUGAAUACUAUUAUGACGAAGUUGGGAUCAGUCCCACCAACAAAAUAUUUAAGCAUAAAGAUGGAGAUGAACUAAAAAGCUUUAUGCGUCCUUUCAAUAUUCCACAUGAGCAGUCGAUGGCGUUUUGUUUGCGACCGGAUGUUAUGGAAUAUGACGAGUUGCAUAGUUUUCCGGAAUAUUCUGCUGAACCAUUCGCUUAUUUGGCCAUGCGAAAUCUUAUUAUUGCCUUAUGGAAUUUGAAUCCGUUUCAGUAUCUAACAUUGGACUAUUGCACCCCGUACUUGAUUUGUCGUGGUCUUGCACGAGUUUGGUAUAUAAAUGAAUUAAUUCGUGUCAUACAAUUUCUUACUGCCAAGUCUCUUAUCAAUUAUGGAAUAUUAAAUCUUCCAAAAACUUCUAUUUUGGGAUCAAAAUAUAAUGAUAUGGAAGUGAUUAUCAUUGGUGCAGGGAUCAGUGGUUUGACUGCUGCUCGUCAGUUACGUUCAUUUGGUUCGAAAGUCAAAGUUUUAGAAGCAAAAGGAAAAUUAGGAGGACGGCUUUUGGAUGAUUGGUCAUUGGGGGUUGCAGUUGGUAGCGGCGCACAACUUAUUACAGGCAUUAUGAACAAUCCAAUCGUUCUGAUGUGUGAACAGAUAGGUGUUGUUUAUCGAGCAGUAAAGGAUGAUUGUCCACUGCUGGAUGCAAAAACUGGACAAUUAGUGUCUACAGUUUGUGAUCGGGUUGUUGAUGAGCAUUUUAACUGUUUACUUGAUUGCUUGGCUGAUUGGAAACAAAAUGUAAAAUUUGGCGAUGAAAGUCUCCAUGAUCGCAUUAUGGGUUUUCAUCAAGAAUUCAUAAAAGCAGCAGAGUUGGAGUGGACAGAUGAUGAGGAGCGCAUGUUGCAAUGGCAAAUAGGUAACGUGGAAUUUUCAUGUGGUUCGAAGUUGGAUGAUGUUUCGGCGCGAAACUGGGAUCAGAAUGAAGCAGUAGCGCAAUUUGCUGGUGUUCAUGCUCUUUUAACUGAUGGCACAUCAGAACUUAUGCGUCGGUUGGCGGAAGGUACCGAUAUUAGAUGUAAUCAUGAGGUUUCGAAAAUUGAAUGGUUAGGAAGAAAAAAAAUUUUUGUGAGAUGCAGCAAUGGAAGAAAGUAUUCUUGUGAUAAGGUUCUGAUUACCAUUCCGCUUGCUGUUAUGCAGAAAAAACUGAUCACAUUUAUUCCGGCUUUACCUGAGACGAAAACAAUAGCUCUAGAACAUUUGGGUGCUGGUUUGAUUGAGAAGGUUGCUGUAAAAUUUCCUCGUCGAUUUUGGUUGUCAAUUCUGAAAAGUGAUGGAACGUUGGAUUAUUUUGGUCAUGUACCGAAAAGUGCUGAUGAAAAGGGGCUUUUUAAUAUGUUCUAUGACUUUUCAACUCGAGGAACCAGAAAUCAACACUACGUUUUGAUGUCAUACGUAUGUGGAGACUCAGUGAACUUAGUCAAUGAAAAAAGUGAUGUAGAAGUUGUGGAUAUUUUUGUAGACACUUUGCGUGAUAUGUUUCCUCAAGAGAAUAUUCCGGAUCCUGAGGGUUACGUUGUAACACAUUGGGGUCGUGAUCGUCAUAUUGGUAUGUCUUAUACUUACAUUCGAGUGGGAGGCAGCGGUGAUGAUUACGAUAGACUGGCGGAAGACGUGGAUGGAAAAUUAUUCUUUGCUGGAGAAGGAACAAAUCGUUUCUUUCCACAGACAAUGACUGGCGCUUAUGUGAGUGGUUUACGUGAAGCAGGGAAAAUCGCUGAUAGUUGGUUAAAACGAAAAUCAAAGUGA